AUCCUAGAAAAAAUAGUCGUGAUAAAAAAUCAUGUUCAGACGACUUUGGAGGUAAAGCUCAGCCUUGUCUUUAAUUUCCAUCUAUAUAUAACAGUUGAGCAGCAUAGCUGAAGCCAGAAACGAUGCAUGGGAAGAGGCCCCUUCCUUCCAAUGAAUCCGAGGAUCAAAACGACGUCGAUCCAUUUUUCCCUAUUUACUCAUCCGCCAGAUCGCAGCUAGACAUGUCCGCCAUGGUCACCGCCCUCUCUCAGGUUCUCGGUUACACCGGCGAGAACCCACCGGAGUCCGCCCUCGACACUUCUCCACCACUUCCUCAUCAUCACUCGUCAACCGAACCCCAAACUCAACGAGUUCAAGAACAAGGGAGCACUCAAAAUCCAAGGAGGAGACACUACAGAGGGGUCCGACAGCGGCCUUGGGGGAAAUGGGCGGCGGAGAUUCGCGACCCGAAGAAGGCCGCGCGUGUGUGGCUCGGCACAUUUGACUCCGCGGAGGCUGCAGCCCUGGCCUACGACGAGGCCGCGCUAAGGUUCAAAGGAAACAAGGCCAAGCUCAACUUCCCCGAGAGGGUUCAAGGCCGGACUGAAUUCGGCUACCUAACAACUAGCCGCGGCACCAUGCCUACUCAAACUCAAACUCAAACUCAAACCCGAGCUCCUCCGAGCCAAGAGAACUACCUCAACGUUCAUCACUAUGAAGAACUUUUUCGCAGCGGCCAUGUCAAUAGCAGCUAUGGCUAUGGGAACUCAUCAUCAUCAUCUUCCUCACAAGGGGUUUAUGGAGGAGGGCUGCCUUUUGUUUCGAUGCCGAUGGCGGCUUCUUCGUCUUCGCUUGCGCCUGGUCAGGAAGAUGGGCAGAGAGAGCAAGAUUGUGUGGGGUUUCAGUCGCACUUUGGGUCUAACUCGGGCUCUGCUGAAAGCUGGGAGGAAUAUGAAAGCAAGAGUACAAGGAGUUAUUUCUUUUGAGGGAAUUAAUGUGUGUCGAAUUUUGAUUUCUCAUAUGUAAAAGAUAUCGAAAGUUUAUAAUGAAUGAAUUGUUGGGCUGCAAACAACAUCCCACACACAAGAAUUGUAAGGACUACGUACCUAAUCAACUCCGAAGUUUUUUUUGAAA